AUGGUGUUUGAGACUACUGUCCACACCUGCACCCUUGGGUGCUCACUGGAGGGGCUCCUGCUGCUGCCCUGGGAGCUCAGUGGCCUCCUCAACUCAAGCUUGUGGAGGGACCUGAAGUAUAGCCAGCAGAACUGCACCCAGGAUGAGCUGGGCUAGGCUGGCCACGCCCCCGAGGGACCCUCCAGCCCCCACCACCCCGCCAACCUGGACUUGGCUCUGGCAGUGUUGCGGAAGGAGAUGCUGUGCUCUCUACACGAGUCCAUCCAAGACUACCUGCACCUGUGCCAAGACAUGAGCCUCUGCCAGGACAUGUCGUCCCUGCACCUGGACGGCUCCUACCUGUGGAGGCCCAUUGAGGCUGGGCUUGAAGCAGCUGGCCAGGGCCUAGCCCAUUCUGCCUCCCCAGACAUAGUGCAAGCAGGCCCAGCUGUCAGUGGACUCACCCCAUCCACCCUGAUGCCCUCUUCUUCCCUGCUGCCCUUCAAGGGCUCCCAGGCAAGCUCAGUUCUCUUGAGGCCACUCACUUGGGCAAGGGAAGAAGCAUCUGAAGGAGCUUCGUCCUUGGCACCUCGGUCAGAUCACUAG